AUGGAGUCUUCCGGGGGAAAGUCGACGGUGACGUUUGCGCUUUCGGAGGAGGCCCCGAGGGCCAACCCGCCGGCAGCAGCAGCAGCAGCAGGAGCUGCUGCAGGCGCUGCAGAGACCCCAGCAGCAGCAGCAGCAGCAGCAGCAGCAGCAGCAGCAGCAGAGGAAGAAGAACCCGAAGCAAACCACCAAGUUGUUGGGGUGGAAAUGCUGUGUGCGGGGGCAGUGGAGGUACACCCCCCGCGGCGGCCUGUCUGUACACCUGACGCUGCAGCAACAGCAGCAGCAGCAGAAGCAGCAGCAGCAGCAGCAGAAGCAGCAGCAGCAGCAGCAGCAGUCACUGCAGCAGACUUCCCCAACGUUAAGGCCCUCGACCUCAGCAACCGCAACCUCGUGCGGCUCAACAACUUAGAGACCUUUCGGACUGCUGCUGCAGCUGCUGCUGCUGCUGCAGCUGCUGCUAUAGCUGCAGCAGCAAAGGUCACUUGGGGUCAAAAAGGCGUGCCCGAGCAGGCUCUCGCAGCACCAGCAGCAGCAGCAGCAGCAGCAGCAGCACUAGCAGUAGCAGCAGCAAAAGCAGCAGCAGUAACAGCAGCAAAAGCAGCAGCAGUAGCAGCAGCAAAAGCAGCAGCAGUAGCAGCAGCAGCUGUAGCAGUGCCAGUGGAAGCAGCACCAGCGGAAGCAGCAGCAGCAAAGCAGUGUGGCAUAUCGGACUUUGCGGAGUUGGGGGUUUUGCUGCUGCUGCCGCAGCUGCGGGCCCUGUGUCUCAGCAACAACCCCCUCACGCAGGACAGCAGCAGCAGCAGCAGCAGCAGCAGCAGCAGCAGCCGCAGGAUCCUCUCCCUGCUGACCAACCUCUCUUACCUCGACUGCAGAGCUGUCUCGCAGCAGCAGAAAGCAGCAGCAGCAGAAGGGCUGCUGCCCGACCACUACCAGCAGCAGCUCGACCUGCUCCGCAGCUACCAGCAGCAGCAGCAGCAGCAGCAGCAGCAGCAGCAGCAGCAGCAGCAGCAGCAGCAAGACGUCGACAGCUGGUUCGCCCUGCCCCCCGCACUUGUCUCCACAAUCUUCGGAAAAGAAUUUGCUGCUGAAGUUUCUUGCCUCAGCUGCCUGCAGCCCCUCAAGGAAGCUUUUAUUCAGGCCCUCUCCCCCAUUGUUGCUGCUACCAGGAAGGCUUUGGAGGAAAAGAGCCUCCACUUGAGUCGAAGAAUGCUUUCGUUUAAAGCAGCAGCAAAAGAACUCGAAGAAGCAGCAGAAAAGUCGACAGUUGCAGAGAUUCGCAAGACAGAAGCCAGCAGAAAAGAAGUGUUAAAUGAACUGCAAAUUAUCUAUGAAGAUCUGAGAGCAGCAAUUGAGGAGCAGCAGCAGCAAGAGCAGCAGCACGACGACAGCGGCUCUGUGUCUUCCGAGAGCAGCAACCCGUCGCUUGCUGCUGCUGUUGCUGCGGGCAUAGAGCGCCGCUGCGCUGCAGCAGAGAGCCGCUGGCAGCAGCAGCAGCAGCGGGGCUUGCUGCUGCUGCUGCAGCAGGAGCAGACGCUGUCGGAAGCAGUGGCAGCAGCAGCAGCAGCACUCGAAGCAGAAGCAGAAGCAGCAGCAAAAACUGCAACAGAGAAAAUCGGAGAUCUCUUCAGACAUAUAGAGCAGCAACUCAAGCAGCUAGCUAGCCAGCUAGCUGCAGCAGCUAGCCAAGAAAUUGCUGCUUUCUUAUCCACAGAAGCCAUUGAAGAAACAGACCCCAGGGUCCAGUACUUCACCCGCAGGGAGGACGUGCUGGCUGCUGUUGCUGCUCUUGGAGAGCAGCAGCAGCAAACUGCAGCAGCAGCAGAAGACGCGCUGCAGCAGCGGCUGCAGCAGCAGCAGCGAGAAUGGUUUGCUGCUGAAGCAGAGAGGCAGCACAGCCGCCACGUGCAGCGAGUCAGCGAGCUGCAGGCGGUGGCUGACGAGCUGCAGCAGCAAGUAGCAGCAGCAGCAGCAAAAGUCCGAAACGGCCUCGCAGGCAGAUGA